AUGUCAAAGAUAAACUACCAAAACACUCCAUCAAUUCACGAAAGGAGAAAAAGCCUAACUAUCGUAAGGGUAUCCAUAAAAUCGGAUUCACCAGCGACACAGAGUUACUUAGGCAUUCUCCAGAAUUCGAAGAAGAAACGUCCGAGUAUGACGAAGACACCACAAACUGGUGAACUAGUUGAAGAUAACCAACAUCUAUUGAUUGACUCUGGGGCCGCCAUAUCAGUAAUUCGCGACCCAGGCCUCCUUCACAACAUUAAUAAACACCCCAAUAUAGGCAUAGCUGACGCGCAAGAUCGUGAGAUCCCCAUAAGUGUCAGUGGUGACCUACAGCUAAGCUUCCCGGGUACCUCCAUUAUUCACACAGAGGCAGUGGCAUCUACAGUGCCACAUGUCGACAUAUUGAGCCUCCAUGAGCUCCAAAAAAACGGAAUCACCGUCGACUUCAACAAUUCCCAAGUAACUAAUAAUAAAGGGAAAAUGGUAGCACGGAUCAAAAAGAUCGGACCUUACUAUUGGAUACCGGCAAAAUAUAUCCAUAAACCACACAAAAAGUUGAACGUCAUGAACGUUCAAAAACAACCAUUGUUCCCUAUGGAAUUUAUACAUCGGCUCCUAGGUCAUGUCAACAUUAAAACUUUAAGAGAUUCCAUUAAGCAAGGGAUGCUGACAAAUUUAUCCAUGGAUGACAUAGAUUGGUCCGGAUACUCUAACUUCCAGUGUGAGGAUUGUGUGAGCGGAAAAAGCAAAAAGCACAAACACUUGGUGGGUUCCAGAUUGACAUACCAAAAAUCCUAUCAACCCUUCGAGUUCUUGCAUACCGAUAUUUUUGGACCUGUACCUCACAUGCCCACAUCGUCACCAUCAUACUUCAUGGCAUUCACAGAUGAAGCCACGAGAUUUAGAUGGGUUUUUGGCUUGUGGAAUAAAGAAGCUGAAACGGUUACCUCAAAGUUUCGCGAACUGGUAAAUAUGGUUAAAACCCAGUUCAACACAAAGGUACGCAGCUUCCAAAUGGACAGAGGAUCCGAAUAUACUAAUAAGACAAUUCGUAACUUCUUCAAGGAGUACGGAAUAAUCCCGUGCUACACUUCCGUAGGUGACUCAAAAGCAAACGGAGUAGCUGAACGCCUUAAUUAUACACUGCUCGAUGAUUGCCGGACACUGCUUCGCAGUAGCAAUCUACCAUUACAUCUUUGGUUCUAUGCAGUGCAGUUCUCGACGCUAAUGAGGAACUCAUUAAUAACGUCCAGUGUUGGCACUUCCUCCAGGGCCAAAGCAGGCCUGACAGGACUAGAUGUCAGCACUAUUUUACCAUUUGGACAACGUGUCAUGGUAAAUAAUCCGCCAAAGAACAAACUUAGACCACGGGGUAUAGUGGGAUUCGCACUCACACCAUCCGCGGAAUCCCAUGGCUAUCUAAUAUACAUCCCAUCGAAACAUACCGUCACUGACACUACGAACUACCUGAUAAUUCGGGGUGAUCCUCAUGACAGGACAGAUGACGCCGACGCAGUCAUUGCUCCCCUACUUGAUCAACUCGAAGCCAGACAGGACGGUGAAUUCGAUAAUAAUAUGUCCACCCAUUCGGGUGGUAUGGAAAUGGAUGUGUCAAUCCAUUCGGGUGGUACCAUUCAUCAAAGGCCUGUAUCACCAACCCCAACAGCCGAUAACCUAUCUACCUCGUCGGGUGGUAAUGACCCCAUCCAAACUGGAACCACAGAUACAACUGAAGUCAUACCAGAGUAUAUCCCCGAGGGCAACAAUGAUGUUCUAGGACCAGACAUCCAUGAUGAUCCACCGGAACAUACCAAUGAUGAUCCUCCUGAACAUACCAGUGACGAGAUCGCUGAUAAUAUCGAGGAACAUGGUUCAAACAUGAUCAAUGAAGAUCCCCGAAUCAAUCUUCAAAGCGCAAACCAUGCUGUCACCUAUGAUAAUACAGAAAGUGACGAUCAGCCCACGCAGAAUGAACCAACGUCAAACCCCAUAAAUGAUCCAGCAAACGAUCACCCAUCGUCCGCCAUCAUUGACAACACUAAGACACCGGAUCCAAUUCCCGAUACCGUCUCAAGAAGAACCAUCAAUAAUGAUAUUGACCCAAGCAGUGCAAUUGCAUCCACGGUCGGAAUACAGGCAUCUGCUUACGAUGAUGUUGCUCCUACUACGGAAGACGAGCGCACCACAUCAUCGACCUCCACAGCAGAACUCGAUCCACUUCCCAGCGAGGAAGACUCCCCCGUACCAGAGAGUACUACUGUAGCAACUCCCGAUAGCGAAACACCUGAGUCUAUCUCCAAUGUGGGUGGUAACGAUCAGUCUCCAGAAGUUAAUGCUAAAAGUUUAGAAGAAAGAAAGAAUAGAAUUUUUCAGUACCGUAAUGGCGACAUCCCGAGGGUAAAGCCACCAAGUACAAAAAGAAAAAGUAGUUUAGCUCUAGGUGAAAUUGAAGAUAGGACUCAACGCAAGAGACCAAAGCGUCAUAUACUUUAUGUCAACGCAGUACACUCGAAUCCAACUCCUCAUGUUAAACCCUCCUUAAGUUACUAUGAGGCAAUUGUCAAUAAUGAUGAUAAAAAUGAUGCAAAAGGAUACAACGAAGCCUACAUGAAGGAAUAUGACCAAUUGAUCAAAAUGAAGACCUGGGAUCCUAACAAACCUAUAAAAGAAAAGACGAUCCCUAGACAACAAAUAAUAAACUCCAUGUUUAUUUUCAACACUAAGAGAGAUGGAAGGAAGAAAUGCAGAUUCGUUGCAAGAGGUGACCAGCAGAAGGCUGGAACUUACAAAGAAGACCUCAAAGCAAACACGGUACAUCAUUACGCACUGAUGACCAGUCUCAACAUAGCACUAGACAAGAAAAUGUUUAUCACCCAAUUAGACAUAUCCUCAGCGUACCUAUACGCUGAAUUGGAAGAAGAUCUGUACAUCAGAGCACCUCCACACAUGAAGCUCAAAGGAAAAGCAUUCAAGUUGAACAAGUCACUAUAUGGACUUAAGCAGAGCGGAGCGAACUGGUACAAGAUGAUUGGCAGUUACUUAACCAACUCUUGCAACAUGACAGAAUUAACCGGUUGGCCAUGCGUGUUCAAAGAUGAAAAUGAAUGUUUUGUAUGCCUCUUUGUAGACGACAUGAUCGUCCUGUCCAAAGAUAUCAAGGCAGCAAACAAACUAGUCAAAACUCUAAAGAAAAAGUUCGAGACCAAAGUGAUCCACGAUGGGAAAUUAGACGAAAACAACAUGGCCACAUACGAUAUUCUAGGACUGGAAAUAGAAUAUACGUUCGGAAAGAAAAUGACAAUAGGAAUGGAAAACUCCUUAAGCGAAAAGCUUCCACAUUUAGGUUUUGAUAUCGAAAAGGAUAACAAGAAGUUUCUUGUGCCAGGCACACCAGGUGAACACAUCCACAAAGAUAAUCUGGUCGUUGAAGAAGACGACUACAAAGAAAAGGUUAAGCAAAUGCAGAAGGCUAUAGGAUUGCUAUCAUAUGUGGGAUACAAAUAUAGAUUCGAUAUUCUAUAUUACGUGAACAUCCUAGCUCAGCAUACACUAUACCCCUCAGAGCAAGUGGAGAAACUCACCAAACAGCUGUUGAACUUCGUGUGGCAGUCAAAACACAAAAAGCUGAUUUGGCAUGCCAACAAGCACACCAAGACAAAUAGGAUUACCGCUAUCACUGACGCAUCGUUUGCGAAUGAAGAAGGAUUCCGAUCACAAUUGGGCCAUUACUACUGCCUAAAUGGAAAAGUCAUCGGUGGGAGAUCAUCUAGCGAAAAACUGCGUGUCAUAUCAUCUACCGAAGCGGAAAUAUAUGCGGUAAGCGAAUCAGUCCCAAUGUUACAAGGAUUAGCAUGCCUAGUAAAACAAAUUGAUCCAUCAUCAUCACUUAGAUCGAAGAUAUUAACUGACUCAAAACCUACUAUAUCAAUAGUAGAGGACCAAAGUGAAGAUUCAAGAGCGUUCAGAAAUCGUUUCUUCGGGACACGAGCUUUCAGGUUAAGAGAUGAAGCUAGACGCAACGAUCUGAAGUUCGAAUACAUAAAGACAGAAGAUAACUAUGCGGACAUAUUGACCAAGCCUACAUCAAUAGCCAUAUUCAAGAAGCUUACUCAUUCAUGGGUGAAAUAG